AUUUUCAUUUCUUACGAAACUACCGUGCCGUCAGCGGCAUGCUUACCUCAUAACAUCUACCUAUUAUUAGUCAGCUACGUAAGCCGGCUUCCAUUUACGCCCUAGUAACCAACAAACUGUGCGGCAACACGAACGCGUCCGCAUCGAAAAUGACAAAACACACGAUUUUCAUUUUCUACUUCAUUGCGACCAUAUUCGCGACGGACAGUUACAAAAUACUCGGCAUCUUCCCGUCGCUGGAUCGCAACAACUACCUCACUUACCGCGGACUGUUUCGAGAAUUGGCGAACCGCAACCAUGAAGUAACUCUCAUCAGCCAUUUUCAAAUGCCUGAUGCACCAGCUUCGUACAAAGACAUCUUGCUAAGUGACGGCUUACAUCAAGUGUAUAAAGCAUUAUCGUUCGAGUCCGUGAUAGUGAACGAAGUGUCGCGUGUGCCGUUCGAGACAUUAGUGGCGACUAAAGCCGGCAACGAUGACUGCAAGACUCUAAUGAACAACCACCAAGUGUUGCACAUGCUAAGGACGCGGCCUCGCUAUGAUGUAAUAUUAGUCGAGUCGUACAAUAGCGACUGCGGCCUGGCACUGGCCGCAAACCUAAGUGCUCCAUACAUUGCUUUCAACCCACAACCUCUACAAGCGUGGCAGUAUAACAGAUUGGGUAUUAAUUACAAUUCUGCGUAUGUAAGUCAAUCUGGCCUGCCCUACGGAAAGGAACCUUGGUAUUUUGAGCGGUUAAAGAGUUACAUUCUGUAUCAUCUUACAAACUGGGUAUAUUACGUGGGUUCACAAGUAACGGACCAUGUGUACUUGUACAAGUACCUGGGCGAUGAACUACCAUCAUUAGAAAGUAUUGCGUCGAACGCGAGUCUAGUGUUUGUAAACACGCAUCAGUCAGUGUACGGCGGUGUUGCCAGACCUGAUAAUGUAAUUGAUAUUGGCGGUAUUCAUGUGAGACCGCCGAAAAUUAUUCCAACGGAAAUAGAGAGAUUUAUUAACGAGGCCGAGCACGGUGUAAUAUACGUGAACCUCGGUUCUACGGUAAAGGACUCCACGCUUCCCGGUGAUAAAUUAAACGAACUGUUAUCAACGUUCGGUAAAUUGCCUCUGAGGGUUCUGUGGAAAUGGGACGGAGGCAAUCUGCAACUGCCGAGAAACGUUAUGACUAUGAGAUGGCUCCCACAAUACGAUAUUUUGAAACAUGACAACGUGAAAGCGUUCAUAUCCCACGCCGGUAUUCUGAGCACCAUAGAAGCCAUAGAUGCUGGUGUUCCAGUGGUCGCCAUUCCUUUGUUUGGAGACCAGUAUGGGAAUGCAGCAGCCUUACAAGACGCAGGCGUGGCCGCUGUCGUACAAUACCAAGAUCUGAAGAAGGAAUACCUUUUGGAUGCCAUCAAUGAUGUUUUGGAUCCUGUAUGGCAACAGCGUGCGAAGCUAGUAUCAAGAUUAUGGCAUGACCGCCCAAUGUCACCUUCAGAGGCAGCAGUCUACUGGACAGAAUACGUAGCCAGGUACCAAGGAGCACCGAACCUUCAGCCCGAAGCUGCGAAAGUACCCCUCUACCAACAGCUUCAGCUAGACGUCCUAGCAUUCAUUGGACUAGUACUAUACAUAUUGAGUUACGUACUGUACAAGAUUCUGUCAGUCCUCUGCUGUUGUUGUUGUCCCAGCGGAGCUCAAAUAGAAGAAGUAGAAGAAAGAAGAUCCUCAAAGAGAGUGAAGUUUGAAUAAACGCUUACAUAAUUUUGUCUGUAAAAUGCAGCAGUACAAUUUAAUUAACGCUUGACUGGUUUAAUUAAGGUUUUCAUUUCGUUAUUUAUUUUUGUUAAUAAAAAAUGCUUAUCAUGA